GGAAGUAGCCUUACAGACGCUUCACACUAGCUGCUAAGUGAAACAGUCAGCCCUUAUUGGCUUCAUUAAAGCUUAAAUGAAGCGUUAGACUUGAAACUCUUUAAUCGACAUUUGCUUCUCAAGGCUCCAUUUUCGGUGUAUAAUUAUAUUCUUCUUCAGUGGUCAUCAUGGGUGAGGUGGAGCUGUCCUGUCGUGCCUAUGUGAAGAUGUACCUGCACGCCUGUUUGUUUCCACGGUGCAGCAUCAACGGGCUGCUUCUGUCGUCCAGCUCGGCAGGUGGCGCUGUGUGUGUGACGGACUGUGUGCCGUUGCUGCACUCGCACCUCUCCCUGGCUCCCAUCACUCAGCUGGCCCUCACACAGGUGGAUGUGUGGUGUUCACAGACUCAGCAGAGGAUAGUGGGAUACUAUCAAGCCAACGCCUGCGUAUCAGAUAGUAGCCCGACACCAUGUGCACUGAAGAUAGCUGAUAAGAUUGCUGAGCAGUUUGACAAUGCAGUUUUGUUAAUGCUUGAUGGUAGUAAGAUGUCGCCAGACUAUCGGGUCCCUCCCAUCGUGAUGUACGAGCGCAAAGAUUCAAGAUGGAUGCUCAAAGACAAACACACGAUAAUGCUGAGACAGUGGGAGGAGACCCGGGCGAUAGCCAGUCAGAUGCUGGAGUCGGGCGAUCACACGCUAUUGGUGGAUUUUGACAGCCACUUGGACGACAUUACAAAGGACUGGACCAAUCAGAAACUUAACACCAAGAUAGCAGAGCUCGCCUCGCCGGCCAAUGGGAACAUCUAAGACGGAGACGUAGUGAGACCAGUUUGUACUAGAGCCCAGAUUUAUUUAUGUUCUGACCCAACGUCAUCGUCAUGUACAAAUGUGAUUUCUUUUUUCUUUUUUUUAUAACCCGACACAGCCACAUGUUCCACACAGAGUUUAGGAAGACGUUUAUUUUUAAUGCAUUUUCUUGACUGAACAGGGACAUAAGGACAUAACAUAGAACAUGCAUAAAUAACAGAAUAUUUACUGCUGAUUUUAAAGGAAAAAUCCACCUUAAAAAAAACAAACACCUGUAACACUGUUACUAAUCACCUGUGGUAUUUACAACUGGUCCUGUGUUGUCAUUUGAUGCUUAACUAUUGUUAUUCCUACAUGUAUUACAAGUAACGGCGGGUGGACAAAGUAACAGAAACACCUUUUUAAAAUACAGAAGCCCUGCAGUGAAUACUGGUGUGUCGAAGCUCAGAUGUUUGUUGAGUAGCAUUAGUUUUAGCCAGAUGUUCCUUAUAAACUGCCAACUGAGUGUUUAUCAUCAUUUGGUGCCUCAUCUUCUGAACUGAACUUAAAGGCAACAGUAAAUCCUGUUUAGUCACUAUUUUACACUUAAAUUUGUAACUGAUGCAGCAGCAGGUGUCAGCUGGUUUCUCUGUACGUCGCCUUCAUACCUCAAAUUUUUUUUUUUUUUUUUUAUAGAGGCCACACACGCACAUGCUUAUUUGACUUAACAUGACUCACUUGUGAAGCUGCCUUUUGUAUUUUCAGUUCACGAGUUCUUGCCUAAACUAAUCUUGUGACUUUCCAAGAGGAAAUGUUUUUAUAAAUCCGCCAGCUCUUGCCAAAAACAGCUAGCUGUGUUAAGAGGAACACAGACAUUUAACAGGAUAUUUGCUUCACAUUUUUGCCAAACUGCCACAUUAUAAAAAGGAGUAUAAAAGCUUCAUCACAGACAAACACUCUGAGCUUCAGCACAGUAUUUACUGCAGAGCUGCUGUAUUUAAUUAUAAGAUGCUUCUGUUCUUUUGUCCACCUCUUGUAAUCUACAACUAACAACUAGUAACUCUCAAAACACUAAUCAAGUUUUUCAGUAGGUUCAGUAAAUGCAACAUUAGCUUCUCCUGUAAUAAAAAAAAAAAAAAAA